UAAAUGUCACUGUCAUAAAAAUUAUGUCGGUUACCUAAUGUCAAAUUCAUGUGGAUCGUGUAUUCCUAUCGUGUAAAUAAAUUAACCUAUUUUUUACAUAAAGAUUCUACCUAGUAAAUAAAAUAAAUCUUAAAUAAAAUAUAGCAGUAUCCUUUCAAAAAAGGCAAAACGAUGAGCGUCCGUGAAUUGUUGUCAAAUUGUACAUUUUCUAUGUUAGAUGGAAAAGUGGACACUCGAAUUUUGGAAACAUUGAAGUGUUUGGGAUUCAAUAAGCCAACAAGAAUUCAGGCUGAAGCUUUGCCUCAUAUAAUGCUAGGAAAAGAUUUAAUAGGAGCAGCAAAGACUGGAAGCGGCAAAACAUUGGCGUUUCUUAUUCCUGUUGUGGAUAAGUUACUUAAAAUGGGUUUCACUAAGAAACAUGGUACUGGAUGUAUAAUACUGUCACCAACACGGGAACUAGCAUUACAAACAAAUAAUGUGUUAAAAAAGUUGUUGAGAGGAAUACAUUUAUCACAUUGUCUCAUCGUAGGUGGUGAGAAAAAGGCUAAAGAUGUACUAUCUUUAAGGAAAGGUUCAAAUAUCAUAGUCAGUACUCCAGGUCGCUUAUUAGACCACCUUGAAAAUACUGAAUCAUUCAAUUGUGACAACCUCAAAUGUCUAAUAGUAGAUGAAGCCGACAAACUCUUGGAAGCUGGUUUCGAAAAGCAUAUCACUGGCAUAAUCAGUUUAUUGCCAAGUAAAAGACAAACAUUACUGUUCAGUGCAACAAUAGAUAACAAAGUGGAAAGUCUAGCUAGAUUGGCAUUGAAAGCAAACCCAGUUCUAAUAUCAGUGAAUGAAGAUAAACAAUCGACCGUAACUGGCCUACAACAAGGGUAUUGCAUAUGCUCAGUCCAAAAUAGGAUACCAUGGCUGUUCAAAAUGCUGAAAAAGACAAAGAAAUUCAAAGUUAUGGUAUUCUUUUCAUCCUGUAAAUCUGUGGAUUUUCAUUACGAUUUUUUCAAAAACCAUUGUGGAGCUGCAGUUUUGUGCAUUCAUGGAAAACAAAGUCAGUCAAGGAGGAAAGAAGCCUAUCAGAGUUUUAUUGACGCGGAAAGCGGAGCGCUAUUCUGUACCGACGUUGCUGCUAGAGGACUCGAUAUACCAUCGGUGGAUUGGAUUGUGCAGUAUGACCCUCCUACUGAUCCGAAGGAAUAUAUCCAUCGAGUUGGGAGGACGGCUCGAGGUGUGAAUCAGAAAGGUAGUGCAGUAAUACUUCUUAGACCAGAGGAAGAGGAAUUUGUCAGUUAUCUGAGAAAAGAAAAAGUAUUUCUGGAUAAAUACAGCUUUGGGGAACCACCCCGUGAAGUUCAAGACAUGCUAGAAGAAUUGAUAAUUAAGAAUGGUCUUGUGAAAACCCUGGCCAGAAAAGCGUAUCUGACAUUCUUAAGAUGUUACAAAACGCACCCUUUGAAGAAAAUCUUCAACAUAAAAACUAUGGAUCUUAAAUUGGCGGCAAAGGCAUUUGGAUUUUUGGAACAGCCCGAUGUGGAUUUUUUACGAUCUAAAAAGACGUGACUAGUAUUACUAGUUGCUGGUGACUUGAUCGACAGAAGAUGUUGGCGUAAGUAGCAGUAAUUUCUCAGGGUCAGCUUAUUCAUUAAUGUUUACUUGGAAUUUCCCGUGCAAAGCUUGCGAAGAAGGAUAAUAUAUGUUUAUGUUAAUGA